CGGGGCUUGAUUCCGAAUCGGCCGUGUUUCGAGGCUGCCAUUUUCUCCCGGAGUGUUUCUGUGUGUGAUUGUAAGUUGUGCUCGACGAGCGCGCUAAAGAUGCCGGAGGAAACCGCCACCACCGCCGCCGCUUCUUCUUCCACCUCAAGCACUGCGGCUUUGGACGAGAAGCCCUGCUCAUCCAGUGCUGCAGAGAGCUCUGUAGAUGUGGCUGAAGAGGCUAAGAAACUGAUUGGCACCGGAAACAGGCACCUGGUCAUGGGAGAUGUUGUCUCCGCAGUCAGCGUGUUUCAGGAGGCCUGUGCCAUGCUAGCUGAGAAAUACGGCGACACUGCUGACGAAUGCGGAGAGGCGUUCUUCUUGUGUGGGAAGUCCCUGCUGGAGCUUGCCAGGAUGGAGAACUCUGUCUUGGGUAAUGCUUUGGAGGGAGUCCCGGAGGAAUCCUCAGAGGAGGGCGAGAAGCAGAAUGACUCAAAGAUUGAGAGUGCGGAUAACUUGGAUGAGAAAACCAGAGAUGAGCUCCGUGAACAGGUUUAUGAAGCCAUGUCUGAUGAAAAGAGGGGUUCUCAAGAAGGGGAACAAAAAAUGGAAAUGGAAGUUAAGGAAGGUACCAAGGAAGAGCAGACGGAUGUACAUGGUGAUAAAAAUGGAGAGAAGCCUGAGGUGGCUGACGAUGGACUGAAGAAGCCUGAGGUGUCUGCUGCUGAUGAGAAGCCUAAUGUGCCUGCUGCUGGUGGUAAAGAGAAGCCUGAGGUUCCUGAAGCUUGUGGCGAAAAGCCCGAGGCUACUGAUGCUGGUGAAGAGAAGCCUGAGGUGGCAGACGAUGGUAGAAAGAAGCCUGUGGUUACUGAUGCUGGUGAAGAGAAGCCUGAGGUGCCUGAUGACUGUGGAAAGAAGCCUGAGGUGGAUGAUGCUGGUGAGGAGAAGCCUGAGGUGCCUGCCUGUGGAAAGAAGCCUGAGGUUACUGAUGCUGGUAAAGAGAAGCCUGAGGUGCAUGAUGAAAAUGGAAAGUCUACAGAAACUCUCAAAAGUGAAGAGCAGCCUGAAAAAGUUCAGGAGGAAUCGGCCAAAAAUGUGUCCUCAGAACAGGAUGAGGCUAUGGCUACAGAAGAGGCAAAGGAGGAUACUGAGCAAGGAGUUAAAAAUGCAGAAGAACAGAGUGGGAAUGAGGAUCAGGCAGAGCCUAUGGAGGAAGGUGCUGGAGAUGCUGAGGAGGAGGAGGAGGAGGAGGAUGAUGAGGAGGAUGCAGAUGCCAAUAAAGCGGAAAAGGAGGGUGAGGACGAGGAUGAAGUUGGAAAUCUCCAGUUGGCAUGGGAGAUGUUGGAGGUGGCUAAAGUGAUUUACAAAAGAAAGGAAAGCAAAGAGGACCAAUUAAUGGCAGCACAGAUCUUCUUGAAACUUGGUGAAGUUGGUGCAGAAUCAGGUAACUACAGCCAGGCCCUAGAGGACUUCCUGGAGUGCUUAGCCAUCCAGGUGAAACAUCUUCCACCUCAUAGUCGUCUGCUGGCAGAGACUCAUUACCAGCUGGGCAUGACUUUCAGCUACACUGGCCAGUACACCAAGACCAAUGAGCACUUCAACAGUUCCAUCAAAGUCAUUGAGAGUCGCUUGACAAUGCUUCAAGAAAUAAUCGACAAAGCGGAAGGUACCGAAGGAGCAGCAGAGGAAAAACGUGAACUAGAGGAGCUCAAGCAGCUGCUGCCAGAAAUUGCUGAGAAGGUGGAAGAUGCAAAGGAAAGCCAGCGUACCGCUUCUGCAGCGACUGAAGCGAUUCACCAGACCCUGGGUGGCGCAUCGACAUCCUCUGGAUUUGCAACCGAAAACGGUGCCUGCUCUUCAUCUACAGCUACUCCGAUUGCAGUCAAGCCUGCUGAUGGUGCAUCCUCUUCCAAAGCAGCAUCAGACAUCUCUCAUCUAGUCCGUAAAAAGAGGAAACCAGAGGACGAGAGCCCAAAAAAGGACAGUGAUGCUAAAAAGGUCAAACAGGAGACCACAGUAAAUGGCAGCGCCGACUCUGCCAGCAACAGCAAUGGAGUCCAGGAGAAAAUGGAGCAGGAGGCUGUGACUACGUCUACCGCUGCAGAAGCUACAGCGUGAGGGAGCAUUUCGACCUGCCCACUGAUCUUCCAACCAGCACAGCAUGCCUGCCUCAAGUCUCAUCCACGGCAUUUUGUUUUUGUAAAUAGGACAUCUACCUUAUUUUUUUUUUUUUUCCCCCGUGUCUGUUAAACUUUUGUAUUGUAAAGUUUCAAUAAAUAUUUGCAUAUGUCAAUCA